UCCACUUUUCCAACAGCUCUCCGUUAUUUCCGGUCAGCAGCCUCAGACAUGGAGAGUUACCACAAACCCGAUGAGAAAACUCUUCAGGGUCUGAAGAGCAUUGCUAACAAGCUGAGAAUUCACUCCAUCAAUGCGACAUGCGCCUCAAAUUCAGGACACCCCACAUCAUGCUGCAGCGCUGCUGAGAUCAUGUCUGUGCUGUUCUUCCACACUAUGCGCUACAAAGCUGAUGACCCCCGCAACGCUUGCAAUGACCGCUUCGUCUUGUCUAAGGGUCAUGCCGCUCCCAUUCUUUAUGCAGCAUGGGUAGAGGCUGGAUAUGUGAAGGAGGCUGAAUUGCUUAACUUGCGCAAGAUUGACUGUGACCUUGAGGGCCAUCCUACACCUAAAUUAGCCUUUGUGGAUGUGGCUACAGGUUCCCUGGGUCAGGGCCUGGGAGCUGCAUGUGGGAUGGCUUACACAGCAAAGUACUUUGACAAAUCCAGCUACCGUGUGUACUGCCUGCUGGGAGAUGGUGAGUGCUCUGAGGGUGCGGUGUGGGAGGCCAUGGCUUUCGCUUCCCACUAUGGCUUGGACAACCUGGUAGCCAUUCUGGAUGUGAACCGCCUAGGGCAGAGUGAGGCUGCACCUCUGAAGCAUGACAUGACCGCCUACCAGGAGCGCUGCAAGGCUUUCGGCUGGAACACAUGUGUAGUUGAUGGCCAUGAUGUAGAAGAGCUGUGUAAGGAAUUUUGGCACGCGGAACGUUUUAAAGGGAAGCCCACCGCCAUUGUGGCCAAAACCUUCAAGGGCAAAGGGCUCAAAGGCAUUGAGGACCUUGAUAAUUGGCAUGGCAAGCCUAUCCCUAAGGACCGUGUGGAUGAGCUAAUUGCUCAUCUUGAGAACCAGAUCCAAGCUUCUGGUAAACCCCUCCAGGCUGCACUGCCUAAUGAGGAUGCAGCUCCUGUAGACCCAAGACCCAUCUACCUACUGUCUUCUCCAGAAUACAAGUCUUUUGACAAGAUCUCUACCAGGAAAGCCUAUGGUAAUGCCCUGAAGAAGAUGGGAGAUGCCAGCCAGCGUAUUGUUGCGCUGGAUGGAGACACCAAAAAUUCUACCUUCUCUGAGACCUUCAAGAAAGCCCAUCCUGAUCGCUACAUAGAGUGUUUCAUUGCUGAGCAGAACAUGACAAGUGUGGCAAUUGGUUGUGCCACUCGUGAUCGCACGGUUCCAUUUGCCAGCACGUUUGCUGCUUUCUUUUCGCGUGCCUAUGACCAGAUCCGCAUGGCUGCAAUUUCUCAGUCUAAUGUCAACCUGGUUGGCUCGCACUGUGGUGUCUCUAUUGGUGAGGAUGGCCCUUCUCAGAUGGCUUUGGAGGAUCUUGCGAUGUUCCGUGUUAUCCCAACAUGCACUGUGUUUUACCCUAGUGAUGGCGUAUCCACUGAGAAGGCAGUAGAGUUGGCAGCAAAUACAAAGGGCAUCUGUUUCAUAAGGACCAGCCGACCGGACACGGCAAUCAUAUAUGAGCCAGAUGAGAAAUUUGAAGUUGGAAAAGCUAAGGUGGUGCGUCAAUCUAACAGUGAUCAAGUGACUGUGAUUGGAGCUGGAGUCACACUGCACGAGGCCCUUGCUGCACAUGACAUUCUGGCUAAGGAAGGUGUGAACAUCCGUGUGAUUGACCCAUUCACGGUCAAGCCCCUGGAUGCUGCUACAAUUGUGGCCAGUGCUCGUGCCACUCGAGGCAAAGUGAUCACAGUGGAGGAUCAUUACAAAGAGGGUGGUCUGGGCGAGGCUGUCUUGGCAGCAGUGGGGGAGGAACCAGGCGUCGUGGUCCAUCGACUGGCCGUGAGCCGAGUGCCACAGAGUGGCAAAGCCCAGGAGCUGCUGGACAUGUUUGGCAUCAGUGCUAAGUCUAUUGUGGCUGCAGUCAGAUCCACUUUUGCCAACUGAAUCCCUCUAAUCCCACCCAGUCUUUCCUUCCUCUUAACCUGCUGGUAAUACAAUUGGCUUAAAUGCUUUUGGUCUGUAAUUAAGUUCUUUCCCCAACUAGAGCACUGCAGUUAGUGUUGUAAGAAAACAUCUGAAACGGUCGUCCCCCCACCGUCUUGAUGCUUCAAAAGUGGCAGCUUUGCAAAGGUUUUGAGUAACAUCUCUGGUGUUCAGGUCAUGCUACACAAUCAUCCCGAUGGAUUCAGUGACCAUGGAUAGUAAUGUAUUACACAUCUCAUUUGCUAAAUUGUGGUGUGGUGCUUAUGACUAAUCACUUAAGUUUAACUUUGCUGUUCCAGUUCCUACAUUCCUCUUGCAUCUUCUGUUUGUGGUGUUUCUUGUUUUUCCCAAUGUUACCUUCAGUAUAAAAUAUUUACUGUCUUGGAUGGUAAAUUUGCAGUUGAAAUCCCUCUGACAAUGACUGAAGAAUGUAACUGGUAGGGUCUCAUGAAAAUCCUAUGUGUCUAAACUACUGUGUAUUUGCUUCACUCUCAGUUAAUCUUGUGUCCAGGUGUGAUGUACCUGAUUGUGUUUCAUGUUGCUGAACUGCCCAGAUGGCUGUUGCUUGUGUGAAUGAUCUGGUUCACUCUGCAUUUUGUUAACCAGUAAUUAAAAUUAACUGUUGACCUAG